CACUCUUGUUGUCCCCAGCCCCGUGGCCCCAGCCCAGCCGGUCCCCCGCGGGCGUGGCAGCGUCCUGAGCCAGGGCCCGCCCGGGCCAGCAUCCCCGCCGGGAUCCGGCAGCCCGGACCGCAAAACCCUAACGCAGCACCAGGGCGGGCCUCCCGCGGUUGCGGGGACUGGAAAGAGAAGGGGACUGUCACGCGCCCGGGACGCGGGGCAGAGCUGGCGUGACGAGGCGUCCCGCAGGGAGCCGAGCCCCGGGCGCGGGCGGCGCUGUUCGGCGGGCGAGCGGCCGGGCCCGCAGCCGUUUCGGGACGCGCCGCGGUUCGCAGCUCUUCCAGCCGCUCCUCCGCGCGGGCUGGACCCGGUUCUGGGGCGGACAUGCCUGCGCUCCACAUCGAGGAUCUGCCGGAGAAGGAGAAACUGAAGAUGGAAGUCGAGCAACUUCGCAAAGAAGUGAAGUUGCAGAGACAGCAGGUCUCCAAAUGUUGUGAAGAAGUAAGGGAUUACAUUGAAGAAAGAUCUGGGGAGGAUCCGCUAGUAAAGGGUAUCCCAGAGGACAAAAAUCCAUUCAAGGAGCUCAAAGGAGGCUGUGUGAUUUCAUAG